AUGGUGAAAAAUGUGAUAGAAGAAUCGUUCUUCCAAUAUAACGGUGAUGAUGAAUUCAGUAUGGAUGAACAUGAAAGUGAUUCUAAUGACAGAGACAUUAUUCGAACGGGGAAGGAAAAACGAAAUGUAUCGCAAUACAAUGAUUCUAAUUUACUUUGUUUGCAAAUUCAAAAUCUUUGUACUAAAUGUUACUUUUGUUUCUUUCCAGCUGGACGAAUGAAGGUAGACGUUUCUAUCCACAACCGCACAGAGGUCGAUGACCUACUAAGGAGGAGUCCUUACAUGAGGGGUAGAGGGUCCUGGACGCCUAAAGAUUGUGCCCCUCGUCACAGGGUAGCCGUGAUCAUCCCUUAUAGGGAUAGGUUGGAGCAUCUUACAACUUUAUUACAUACUUUGCAUCCAUUACUGCAGAGGCAGCUCACAGAAUACAGAGUUUACGUGGUAGAACAGUUUGGCAACGAUACAUUCAACAAAGGUGUCCUUAUGAAUGCUGGCGUGAGGGAAGCACUCAAAGAUUCAGACUUCCAUUGCUUUGUCUUCCACGAUGUGGACAUGAUUCCGGAGGACGACAGAAAUAUGUAUACAUGCCCUUUCAUGCCCAGACAUAUGUCAGUUGCUGUGGACAAGUUUAACUAUACGUUACCUUAUACCAUGCUGGUGGGUGGUGUGUUUGCCAUUAAGCUGGAACACUUCCUAAUGGUCAAUGGUUACUCCAACCUAUAUUGGGGAUGGGGUGGAGAAGACGACGACAUGGCCUACAGAAUAAAGUAUAGAAAGCUAGAAAUCAUUCGUCCACCAGAAACUUUGGCAAGGUAUUCCAUGAUCAAGCACGACCAUAGACCUGAAUCACCAAAUGCGAUAAGAACUGCCUUACUGAGGAUGGCUAAGAAGCGGUCAUCGAGAGAUGGUUUGAACACAGUGAAGUACAGAGUCUUGUGGAGGCACGACUUACUUGCUUAUACCCACUUGAUGAUUGAUAUCGGGAAGCAUCACAGAUGGCAAUUUUUAAAUGGACAACGACUUAUAAUAAAUUUUUGAUUCUAA